AUGGCUGCUACAACCAGCCUCAAAGAGAGCAUUCCCUUCGAGAAGCGCGCUGCGGAAGCAACGAGGAUACUGGCAAAGUAUCCGGACCGGAUUCCAGUCAUAUGUGAGAAGGCGCCGACGUGCACCCUCCCAGAAAUUCAGAAGAAGAAGUUCCUCGUUCCCUCUUCGAUGCUCUGUUGGGAGUUCAAAGGCAUCGUCCUGAACAAUAUCCAUAAGGUCCAGCAGACAGCAGGUGGAGCCAUGUCAUCGCAGGAAGUGAUCUAUCUCCUAGCAGACAACAAGGCCACGAAGACGGGUGCGCCUCUCGCAGAGAUCUACGAGAACCAUAAGUCCGAUGACGGAUUCCUGUACAUGACCUACACAGCCGAAAACACCCUAGGUGCCGUAAGCAGCAGGUUGCCUUUAUAG